AUGAAAGAGCAAGGCGCGAACGAGUCGAACCCCGAGUUCGCGCAGCUGUCGAACUACUUAAAGAUGGUCCAGGCGCGCCAGCACAUGGCCCAUCAACAGCAACAGCAGCAACAGCAACAGCAGCAACAGCAACAACAGCAGCAGAUCCAACAUCACGCUGGUGGCCCUGGUGAUAGCCGCGCUGUGCCCCAGGGCGUGCCGCAAGUAAAUGGUCGAUUAUCGCAAUCCCGUCCCGUCCCUCAGGCAUCACCCCAGGGCUACAACUCCCCGUCUUCGCCAAAGCAGCGCCCCGCGAUGGACCCAAUGACAAUGAUGCUUGCCGGCGGCAAGGGUACGCAAACUAUGGCACCGAAUAUGGCACAAUCCGUCAACUCUGCUAGCUCCAGCUUUACUCCGGAACAACUUGCUGUCUUGAGGAGUCAGAUUAUGGCAUUCAAGUUCAUCACUCGUAACAAGUCCGUGCCGGCUAACAUCCAGGCGGCGUUCCUUUACCCUCCGAGGCCUGGCUCCCAGACACCAACCGUGCAAGGAGUAUCGACUGCUAUUGACAAACUGAAGGACAAGCGACGGCAGCCUGAUUAUGAGUCCCCUUGGAACCACCUCCAGGCCUUUAUCUCAUACCAUGACCACGGCUCGCGCGAAAAGAGGCUCAUGAUCCCCAGCAUCAUGCCUACAGGAAUCGAUGUCGCCCACCUCCAAGAGGAACGCGAACGUGUCAAGCACAACCGAAUCGCCGCGCGAAAAGCUGAGCUUGAAGACUUGCCUAGCAAUCUGGCCGAAUUCAACACCAAGAAAGGCUUGGAUGUUGUUGAUGACUCUCUCAAGCUGAAGGCGUUGAUCGAAUAUAAAGCACUUUGCCUUCAGUCGAGGCAGCGAGCGAUGCGCCAGGAUCUUGUCAAUCGUAUGGUCCAUGCCGACAAUCUCGCGGUUUCGUCGAAUCGCUCCAUGUUCAGACGUAUGAAGAAGCAGUCCUUGCGGGAAGCGCGUAUGACCGAAAAGCUGGAGAAACAGCAACGGGAUCAGCGCGAACAGAAGGAACGGCGCAAGCAUGUGGAUUACAUCCUGGGUGUUAUUGCGCACGGCACCGAGAUCAAGGCGGCGGCUCGGGCCAAGGAGGCAAAGGCUCAGAAGCUGGGACGCCUGAUGCAGAGCCACCAUCAGUUCAUGGAGAAGGAGGAGCAGAAGAGGAUGGAGCGUAUGGCCAAGCAGCGUCUGCAGGCUCUCAAGGCCAACGACGAGGUUGCCUACUUCAAAUUGCUUGGUCAGGCGAAGGAUACUCGUAUCACACAUCUUCUCAAGCAGACCGAUUCGUUCCUCCACUCGCUUGCAGCUAGUGUCCGACAGCAGCAACGCGAUGCUGUUCAGAACUAUGGUGAAAACGAAGGUUACUAUGCGGAGGAUGCCAAUGAGGUGGAGGAAGGAAAGGUGGACUACUUCAAUGUUGCUCAUCGUAUCAAGGAAGAAAUCAAGGUGCAACCCGCGAUUUUGACUGGUGGAACCUUGAAGGAGUAUCAAGUCAAGGGUUUGCAGUGGAUGAUUUCGCUGUACAACAAUAACUUGAACGGUAUCUUGGCCGACGAGAUGGGUCUUGGAAAAACCAUUCAGACGAUUUCACUGGUAACGUACCUGAUUGAGAAGAAGAACCAGAAUGGGCCGUUCUUGGUGAUUGUACCAUUGAGUACUCUCACCAAUUGGACCAUCGAAUUCGAGAAGUGGGCCCCUACAGUGGGGAAAAUUGUGUACAAGGGGCCGCCUAGUAUUCGGAAAACCCAGCAAAACCACAUCAAAUACGGCAAUUGGCAGGUUCUGUUGACUACCUACGAGUACAUUAUCAAGGACCGCCCGAUUCUGAGCAAGGUCAAAUGGAACUACAUGAUCAUCGAUGAAGGUCACAGGAUGAAGAACGCCCAGUCCAAGCUCAGCGCGACCUUGUCUACGUACUACAACUGCCGUUACCGGUUGAUCUUGACGGGUACACCGCUGCAAAACAAUUUGCCAGAGCUGUGGGCGCUUCUCAACUUCGUUCUUCCGACCAUUUUCAAAUCGGUCAAGAGCUUCGACGAAUGGUUCAAUACUCCGUUUGCAAAUACGGGAGGACAGGAUAAGAUGGAGCUCACGGAAGAAGAGGCUUUGCUAGUCAUUCGUCGUCUCCAUCAGGUCCUCCGGCCGUUCUUGCUGCGUCGCCUGAAGAAGGAUGUCGAGUCCGAACUUCCCGACAAGGUUGAGAAGGUCGUCAAGUGCAAGCUAUCGGCUUUGCAGGCUAAGCUCUACACGCAAAUGAUGAACAAUGGCAUCCUAUAUGUCAACAAUGAAGACAAGGGCGGAAAACUCGGUGUCAAGGGUCUAAGCAAUAUGAUCAUGCAGUUGCGAAAGCUCUGUAACCAUCCUUUCGUUUUCGAAGAGGUUGAAAGCGCGGUCAACCCAACGAAGAUUAACAAUGAUUCGCUCUGGCGUACGGCCGGAAAGUUUGAGCUGCUGGACCGAUUAUUGCCCAAGUUUUUUCACACUGGACAUAAGGUCCUCAUCUUCUUCCAGAUGACGCAAAUCAUGAACAUCAUGGAAGAUUUCCUUCACCUGCGUGGGUUUAGGUACUUGCGUUUGGAUGGGUCGACUAAAGCCGACGAUCGUUCCGAGUUGUUGAAGCAGUUCAACGCUCCGGAUUCGCCCUACUUCAUUUUCUUGCUCUCGACUCGUGCUGGAGGUUUGGGAUUGAACUUGCAGUCCGCGGACACCGUUAUCAUCUACGAUUCGGAUUGGAAUCCUCAUCAGGAUUUGCAGGCUCAGGAUCGUGCCCAUCGUAUCGGUCAGAAGAACGAAGUCAGAAUUCUGCGGUUGAUCACCUCCAACUCAGUCGAGGAACGAAUCUUGGAGCGUGCUCAAUACAAGUUGGAUAUUGAUGGCAAGGUCAUCCAGGCCGGUAAAUUCGAUAACAAAUCGACCAGCGAGGAACGUGAUGCCUUGUUACGUGUCAUGUUGGAGGCAGAGGAGAAGGAAGCCGGUGAUAAUGAGGAACUGGACGAUGAUGAGCUGAACGAAAUCUGUGCGCGCAACCCUAACGAAUUGAUCCUGUUCAAGAAGAUGGAUCAAGAGAGAGAGCUUGAUCCGGUCUACGGCGAAGGCAGGAGGUCGAGACUAUUCACCGAUGCCGAGUUGCCAUCUCUCUACCUGCAGGACGAUGUACUGCCGAUUGAGGAGCCUGUGGGACCUAUUGGUCGUGGGGCUCGUGAACGCAAGGUUACCAGCUACGAUGAUGGCUUGACCGAAGAGCAGUGGCUAGACGCCAUCGACAACGACGAGGACAGUAUCGAGGACGCUGUGAACCGCAAGCGUGCCCGUAUCGAGCGCCGUCAAUCCAACAAAGCCAAGCGUGGUACAGCUGGCUACGAGGAGGAGGGCGAAGGCAGCUCGCCACCACCCGAGAGUCCCGAAGAGCCCGUACCUCCACCCACUAUCAAGCGCAAACGGGGAAGGAAGUCCAAUGCGGAGAAACGCCGCAUGGAAGAGGUUGAGGAAGUAACACCAAAGCCCAGAAAGCGACAACGUGUGAACAAAGCGGGGUUCGUGUCAUCCGACGGAGUUCUCGGCAGUCGUGCUGUACUCCAGGCGGCGUAUGAGAGCAUAUUUGAAGCUGUCAAGAACUUGGAGGAGCCUGAUACUGGACGUCUUCGUUCGGAUAUCUUCGAGAAACUGCCAAGUAAAAAGAUCUUCCCUGACUACUAUCACAUUAUCAAGCAGCCGAUCAGUUUCAACGAGAUCAAGAAGCGCAUGAAGAACGGCGAUUAUACUUCGUUAGAGCAAUUCCAGGCGGAUUUCAAGAUGAUGUUUGCCAACGCUCGGAUAUAUAACGAGGAGGGAUCAAUUGUGGUUGAAGAUGCUAAUGCCAUGGAAGCCGAACUUGAUGCCCGCUUCGCCGAAGAAAAGAAGAACUAUGACGGGGUGGCCGGUAGUUCGGUGGGCGACGGCACCUCCACUGGCGCAGUGUCGAGCGCCGGUACGCCCACAGCGACGGAAACACCUCACAUCCGUCUCAAGGUCCGGAACCCACCAGCUGGGUCUCCGGAUCGUGCCGAUAGUCCAGACGAUUCGGAUUGA